AACAGAAACUAAAGUGCUGUCGAGCUGUUGUACGUGUCUCUCUGUCUCAGAGUACAUGCAGUAAAAUGGCAGAAUAUAUUCCAGUGGCUCAUGAGCAGUUCUGCUGUUCUAUCUGUCUGGAUAUACUGAAGGAUCCAGUGACCAUUCCCUGUGGACACAGUUACUGUAUGAGCUGUAUUACAGACUGCUGGAAUCAGGAUGAUGUGAAGGGAGUCUACAGCUGUCCUCAGUGCAGACACACAUUCACUACAAGACCUGUGUUAUAUAAAAAUACCAUGCUAGUUGAAAUGGUGGAGAAACUGAAGACGAUGAAACUCCAAACUGCUGUUCCUGCUCACUGUUACGCUGGAGCUGGAGAUGUGGAGUGUGACGUCUGUACUGGAAGAAAACACAAAGCUGUCAAGUCCUGUCUGGAGUGUCUGAACUCUUACUGUCAAAAUCACCUUGAACAACAUGAGAAUCUCUUCCAAGGUAAGAGACACAAUCUGAUGGACGCUACAGGACGAUUCCAGGAGAUGAUCUGCCGUCAACACAAUAAGCUUCUGGAGGUUUUCUGUCGUACUGAUCAGAAGUGUAUCUGCAUGUUGUGCACGAUGGAUGAUCACAGAAAUCACGACACCGUAUCAGCUUCUGCCGAGAGGACUAAGAAGCAGAGUCACUUGGAGGAAACACAGAAAAAAUCCCAACAGAGAAUCCAGGAGAGCGAGAAAAAGAUGGAGGAGGUGAGAAGAGCUGUGGAGUCUCACAAGCGCUCAGCACAGACAGCAGUGGAGGACAGUGAGAGGAUCUUUACUGAACUGAUGAGCUCCAUUGAGAGAAGACGCUCUGAGAUGAUACAGCUGAUCAGAGAUCAGGAAAAGGCUGCAGUGAGUCGAGCUGAAGGACUCUUGGAGCGACUGGAGCAGGAGAUUACUGAUCUGAGGAGGAGAGACACUGAGCUGGAGCAGCUUUCACAUACACAUGAUCACAUCCAGUUCCUGCAGAGUUUUCAGUCUUUCUCUACACCUCCUGGAUCUUCAGUCUUACCCAACAUCACUGUCAGUUCUCUCCUGUCUUUUGAUGAGGUGAUCAAAUCUGUCUCUCAACUGAAACAACAACUGGAGGAUUUCUGCACAGAACACAUUGACAAGAUAUCUGACAGAGUAACAUGCAUUGAAAUUAUCACUGAUGAACCCAAGACCAGGAAUGACCUUGUACGAUAUUUCCAUCAGUUCACAGUGGAUCUAAACACAGUGAAUAAAAACCUCCAUCUGUCUGAAGAGAACAGAGUGAUUAAAUACACUGACACACUCCAGCGUUAUCCUGAUCAUCCAGAUAGAUUUGAUUAUUAUCAUCAGGUGUUGUGUAGAGAGAGUGUGUGUAGACGCUGUUACUGGGAGAUCGAGUGGAGUGGUGGUUUUGGUGUGUUUAUAUCAGUGUCAUAUAAGAGCAUCAGCAGGAAGGGACGGGGUCUUGAGUGUAUGUUUGGACGUAAUGAUCAGUCCUGGAGUUUGUCCUGUUCUCCCCUCAGUUACUCAUUCUCUCACAAUAACAUAAACACUGAUCUCGGUGUCUCCUCCAGAUGUUGUAGAAUAGGAGUGUAUGUGGAUCACAGUGCAGGAACUCUGUCCUUCUACAACGUCUCUGACACACUGACCCUCAUCCACAGAGUCCACACCACAUUCACUCAACCUCUAUAUCCUGCGUUUUAUAUUAAAUGGGGAUCAUCAGUGAAACUGUGUGAUGUAACAAAUUAGAAAAGAAGUUUUCAACUAGUUUCGCUACAUGAUAUCAAGUUUGUACCACACAGUAAUAAAAUUAUUUAUUGUACAAAAGAGAAAUAAACUCCUUAAAAUCAACAUUUAACAUGUCAUAUAGGCUGAAUAUGAUUUUAGUUUGUUUGAUGGUUUUAGAUGGUCUUUAAACAGAUCAAUUAUGAUCAACAAAAAAGUUUAUCAUGAUAUAUAUCUUUAUUUUCUUUAACUUGUGUAGUUUUGUUGAUGGUUUUUGAGGAUGAAUUUGUGUUAAAAACUGUUUGAUUGGACGCACAGCCUUUAACAUCAACAACAAAAUAAAUGGGAAGUGUUUUCUGGUACCUUGAUUAUUCGAAUUAUUUUGCUAUUGUAACAAUGCAUUAUUAUUUUAUUAUUUAAUUAAGAGUUAAGUCUGAGUACUAAACAAUGUGAUAAAUGGAUACGUGCAAACAAAUUGAUUAUGAUUGUCACAUGAACUAUAUUCACAAAUCUAAAAUGAUCCCAGGAGACAUGUCAACAUGUCUUGUUCUCUGUGACCUCUUUGAUUCUGAUGAUUAACCCUGUAGCUCGUGCACAUGACUGACUGACUUUUGUCAUGAACAGACAAUGGGUGAAGCUUGAAAAGAGUCGACAUGAUUUACUUCUCACGAGAAAUACAGCGUGAUUUAUGUCCACUGAAGAUCAAGAGAUCAUCAUGAAAAAUAUGAAGAAUUUGAACAUUUGCACAACAAGCAACAUCGCUACUGCCACAAAAGAAAAAAUAACUCAAUAUAAUGUGUAAUUUAAUUUAUAUUUACAAUAAGAACAUACAUGCUUGUUCAUUUUAUAAGCAUAACAAUCUAAAUAUUUAUCUAAAAUAUAAAAGCUUUACAAUAUCAUUUUAACCUGUAGAUUUGUUCAUGUGGAAAGAAACCACUGAUGACAAACCGACACAGAAUUAAUGUAGAAUUGAUGUCUCUCUCUCUCUCUCUCUCUCUCUCUUGGCAUCGAAACGAUAUUGAUUCAGCAUCUUUUUGCUCAUCGAAGUCACGUUGAAUCUACGUCAUUCAUGCCAAUGAAAACUAACAUAAACCUGACCUGACGUCGAAACAAUGUUGAUUUCAGUUCACGUAUUUUCUACUUUUGUUUUUAAAAUCUCAAAUACUUAAAAAUGAGUAAAUAAGCCAUAUUUACUAUUUAUUAAACACACAGCACAUUCAGAUACUCAUUGUUUAAUUUCUACAGGAUAUACAUUUACAAAUUAAGAAUUCUUUGGAGUAAACUUUUUCUACAAUAUAUAAAUCUUAAUAAUGAACUGCAUUCACAAAUGUAUGUAUAAUAACAAAUUACAGGCAAUUUAAAGGUAGUUUCAAUUUGACAGAUUUUAAGUUAGCUCAUCAAUCAAAUUAAAACGAUGAGACAUGUUCAUUGUGUGAAACACAAAAGGAGAUAUAAGGCAGAAUAUAUCGGGAAGACAUGCAGGCUUGAGUGAAGUUUAAGAUGCCAUUUAUUUGAUAAAUGUAAAACAGAAAGUAAUGUCUCUCUCUUUAGCGUAGGCCCCGUCCGGCGGUCCGAGGGAUUUGUACCCGGAACCGUCAUAUCCUGCCGGAGAUAGGAGGCAGGGACGAGGAGCCUACCCCCCUGCGGGACAGGGCUCAACUGGUGGUGGUGGGG